AUGAGGCCUGGCUUCCGGUCGGAGAAAAUCAGGUGUAACCCCGAUCUUAGCAUGAACCAAGAAGACAGACGGAUCGACCGAGGAGACAGGCGGAUUGAUCAAGGUUCGUCUAGCAGAGGCCUCCAGUACAAAACCAACACCGCCGCAGUCUCACAUACCGGAGAAAGCCCUAGGUUGUCGGAAUAUAAUUUCAAUGUUGACUCAUCGGCCCUAGUGGCGGCUAUUGGAAAGAUAGAAGGAGCGACAUGGCCAAAACCGCUCCGAACCGACCCUUCACAGCGGGAUCCAAAGUUGAUAUGUGACUAUCAUGGUACCCACGGGCAUCGGACCGACAAUUGCAGGGGAUUAAGGGAUGAAGUAGCACGGUUACUUAAGAACGACCAUCUUAGAGAAUUUUUGAGUGAACGAGGGAGAAAUAACUAUAAGAACAGGGACGGUAACAAAAACGUUGAGCCGGAGGAACCUCAGCAUGUAAUCAAUAUGAUAAUUGAUGGGGUUGAAAUAGCUCGGGGACCUGUCAUGAAGAGGACGAAGUUCUCUAUCACGAGGAAAAAAAGGAGCAGGGACUACGUCCCGAAUGGAUUCAUUUCAUUUAGUGACAAGGAAGUGGAAGGCAUCACCCAGCCUCACAAUGAUGCCCUGGUAAUCUUUGUACUUAUAAAUAAAACUCACGUUAAACGUAUUUUAAUUGAUCCAGGUAGCUCGGCAAAUAUCAUCCGAUGGAAGGUCGUCGAGCAACUGAGUAUGUUGGAUCAAAUCGUACCCACAACUCGGGUCUUGAACGGGUUUAACAUGGCCUGUGAAACCACCAAAGGAGAAAUCACAUUGCCCGUGAACACAGCCGGAGUUGUGCAACACACAAAGUUCUACGUCAUUGAUGGAGAAAUGAAGUACAACGCCUUGCUUGGGAGGCCUUGGAUACACAUGAUGAGAGCAGUACCUUCCACAUUACACCAACUGCUGAAAUUUCCAACCCCCGAUGGGAUAAAAAAAAUCCAGGGAGAACAACUAGCUGCCAAAGAGAUGUUUGCAGUUGAGGAAGUAGCACCAAAAGAACCCGCUUCGAAGGGCAUAACAGUAAGCCGCACUAAGAAUUCGGACGCAGACAAAGGGACCAAAUAG